CCCACUCUUUUUACCCUCUCAUGACUCCAUUCCUUCCUUUUAAUUCUUAAGCGAUUGCCUACACACUCGAAAGCUGUCCUUUCCUUCCUCUCUAACGUAAUAGGCCAUAACUUUCUAUCUCUACAAGAUGGCCACAAAACCAGCUGAGGAGGCUUUAGACAUGCUAAAAUACCAGACAUGGUUCUUGAAAGUUUCAAUCCACUGUGAAGGAUGCAAGAAGAAAGUUAAGAAAGUUCUUCAAAGCAUUGAUGGUGUUUACAAGACAGAAGUUGAUUCUCAUCGGCAUAAGGUUACUGUAACUGGCAACGUUGACGCCCAGACUCUUAUCAAGAAACUGGUGAGAUCAGGAAAACACGCUGAGCUUUGGCCUGAAAACUCUGAGAAUAAGGAGAAAAGGUCUGGAAAAUCGAACAAAAAUGACAAGCAGAAGAUCCCAAAAGAUGUUCUAGAAGUUGGUGAUGAUGGCCAUCAUCAGAAGAGUACUCCAGAUGAAAAUCCUGAGACGGACGCAAAAACUAGUAACGGAAAUGGUGGUGAUGAUCAAAACUCAGAUGCUGAAAGUGAUGAUGCUGGUGAAGAAAGUGCUGCUCCUGUGUCUGCGGCAGCCAGUGGUGAUGGCAGUGGUAAAAAUAAGAAGAAAAAGAAGAAGAAGAAAAGGCCAAACGGCAAUUCCAACAAUGGCGCCAAUGGUGCUGAAUCUGGUGGUGUACCGGCUGAUACUGUUUCUUCCGUAGCUGCUCUUUACUCAGCUCCUCCUAUGCCCUUGAUGAUUCAAAGCCCUCCCCAACCACAUGUAUACCAUUAUCCGCCAAUGCAUUACCUACCUCCUCCAGCUUAUGGAAUAAAUUACAGAACAGCAUAUCCUAGUGCAAGUGAGUCCUAUUAUACACAUCCCAUGCACGAUAAUAUUCCCUAUUACCAGAAUAGGUACCAGCCACCAGCUCCACCCUCCGAUCCAAUCAAUGAGUACGGUGAUGAUGAUAACGAGACCGGAUGUUCAGUGAUGUGAAAUAUUUGUUAUGUGGGGUAUACACAGGAAGUUAAUUUAAACUAGGUAGCUAAUAUAAUCAAGUAUCUUGUGCAGGAAGGUGGGGGGGAUUAGUUUUGCAACAUGCAUGUAACAUCAAUUAGAAGUCAGAGGAAAGCUAGGGAGAAAUAAAAAAGGGCUGUUACGGGGUUCAAGCUGUUUUAAUGUUUUGUCUUCAUUUUUUAUGUAAGAAAAAAAAAUGUUGUCUUUAUUUAGCUUGUUCGCUGCUUUUGGUUUAUACUUUAUAUGUAGCCUUUUAAUGUUUGGUUAAUCUUAGGUUUU